AUGGGUUGCCUCUGGCUGCUGGUGGUCCUGACCUGGGGUCUUCUGGUUUCGGGACGGGAACAGGAAGACGAAACGGCACUUUUUGAAGAGGAACCCAAGACUGAAAUGUUAGAUGACGACGGCGUUAACAGCAGUGAUUACGAUGACGACGAUGACGAUUUUCCUGAUCCUGAAGGAGUGAAAACAUUGGACUCCGAACCUGUAAAAGGGGGCGGGGCGACACUCUCAAUCCACGAGGAAUCCGUCGGGUCCCCUCCGAGGGGAUGGACAAGCACCACCGACCCGAGUCGAAGUGGACUCCGAGUAACGUGUGACGACGAAGGCUUCAGGAUCUUUCUCGUGGCUGGUCAGUUCAGUGAUGUAAAAGUUUUGGGCUCUGAGGACACAUCUGCUGAUCACACUCAAUGUGGUCUCAACGUGAGCCGUUUCGAGAGCACCUUAACCGUGCCUUUUACCGGAUGCCACGUGGAGACUACCAACGGCUACAGCCUGCAACUGUUGUAUGAAGAUGAGUUCGGUGAGGCCCGAGUCGCCACGGUGUCGUGCCGUCCGGAGUCCGCCCCUGGCCUGCAGCCUCGCGCCGGCGUCCCACCUGGCUCACCUGCGUCAAGGUGCCGCACGCCGCCACCACCGCAAACCCCACCAAGGGCACAACACUGUGCCGUGGCCCCUGAAGAGCAGCUGCCUUGUGGCCAUUCUGGAAUCUUGCCUGCUGAUUGUGAGACCAAGGGAUGCUGUGUGAAUCCUUUUUCAUAUGAAUGCUACUAUCCAAUGGACGAGUGCACGGUAGAUCUCCAUUUUGUUUUCAUCAUCCGCUCCACAUACACAUCCUUGCCUCUGAACCCCACCCACCUGGUGAUUCCCGGAACAGACUGCAAACCUGUUGUGGUGAACGUCGACUUUGCCAUCUUUAAGUUCAAAGUAACCGAAUGUGGGACACGCACAUAUGACAUUGGCAUGACAAGGUUCUACCUGGCUGAGGUCCAGACUCUAGUACGAGCUCUCAACCUCAAGUAUGGCAUCAUCACAAGAACGGAUCCAUUGAGGUUCCUGGUGGAGUGUCGCUACAGUUUAGCUGCUCGCGACCAGCAGCCGUUCGCCAGUGUCGGCUACAUGGUGAAGAUCCCGAGUCGCAACCUUCCGUCGUCCAUCCCCUCUGAUGGUUUAUACGGCGUUCAAUUGAGGAUUGCUACAGAUAAGACCUUUUCUACUUUCCUGCCUUCCUUCCCAACGUUGCGCUACAUCCUGGGGAAACCGGUUUAUUUGGAACUGAGCAUAUUGUCUCCCAAACCCAACGCGACUAUUCUGGUCAAGUACUGUCUGGCGUACCCUCGCUCUGCAACGAACGCCCUGGUGCUCGUUUACGAAGGGUGUGCCAACCCUAAUGACCCAAAUGUGGCCAUCCUGGAAGUGAGCAACUUGCAACAAAAUUGCCACCAGAGGCAUUUUGAGGUCAAGGCAUUUCAGUUUAUGGACGUUAAGACCAAGAGGUACCUUGAUGAACAAAUCCACUUCAUGUGCUCUUCAGAGGUUUGCUGGUCUGAUGAGAAGACUUGUGAAGAGCGCUGCUUUGAUGGAAAAGUACCAUAAGGACUCGCAGCCAGUGGACACGAACCUAAAAGGUGUGAUUCUACAUUAAACAGACUGCCAA